AUGUUUAAAAGGUUCUUAUCUUUAUUUAAAGUUCUUUAUAGAACACAUGUAACAUAUUUAAAGAACGAACAAAAAAAUUUACUCUAUGAAUUAUCUAAAAAAGAAAUACCAAAGAUAAGUGAACAUAAAGCAUACAGUGAAAUUAUAAAAUUACAAAAACAUUCUGAAACUUUAUAUUCUUUAAAUGAAGAAUUAGAUAUAUAUCAACAAUUAUUAAAAGAAAUUACAGAUUCUAAAGAAUCUUAUGAAGAGCGUUUAAAAACAAAUGAGGACAUUAUCCACCUAAAUUACAAUAUUGAAAAUAUAACUAAUUUAAUAAUUGAGGAUAUAAUAUUAUUUUAUAAAUCUUAUGUUAAUAAGGACCAUCACUUGGAUGCAACAGAAAUUAAAAUGGAGAUUACUGCUGGAGUUGGAGGACUAGAAGCCAAGAUGUUUGCUAAAGAAUUAUUUCAUAUGUAUGAAAAUUUUUGUAAAGUUCGAAAUUAUGAAUAUGAAAUAAAGGAUACUAUAAAUGAUGAAUCGAAAGAAAAUAAAAAUAUUGUUUUAUAUAUUCGAGGAAAUAAUGUGUAUGAAGAUUUUUAUCAAGAAAAUGGAAUUCAUCGUGUACAGCGUGUUCCUAUAAAUAGUAAAAAGGUUCAAACAUCUACAUCUGUUGUUUUUAUAUUUGAUGAAAAAAAACAAAAAGAUAAUAUUAUGAAAAAAAUUAAAUUUUCUAAAAAUGAUCUCAUAAUAGAAACAAAACGUUCAGGAGGUGCUGGAGGACAAAGCGUAAAUAAAAAUGAAACGUGUGUUAAAAUCAUACAUAAACAUACAAAAAUAUUUGUAGAAGUUCAAAAAACUUCUAGUCAAAUACAAAAUAAAAAUAUAGCUAUGCAAUUAUUAAAAGAUAAAUUAUAUAACUUCUAUUAUGAACUAGAAAAAAAUAAUUUUUUAAAAGAUAAAAAAAAUCAAAAACUAAGUGCAGAUAGAAGUCAUAAAAUUAGAACCUAUAAUUUUUUACAUAAUGUUAUUAUUGAUCAUAUAACUAAUACACAAUAUUCAGGAAUACAAAACUUUUUUAAAGGAGACAUGUUAAUACAACUUAUAAAUAAAAAAAAACAAUUAUAUUAUCAAAAUAUAAUUGACCAAACAAUUCAAUAUAUUUUUUCUUUAAUCAAUUCUCAAACGGCAGACCUCCAAAUACAUCCAAAAAAAAAAUAA